AUGAUUCAAGAAUCUGCCCUGAGCACCCUGAUACGAUUUGGUAUCCAUGGUAAAUACUGGCCUCAACCUCUACGAAACCUGGAGGAUGGUGCCAUUCGUUCGGCAACAGCGGACAAAACCGAUGCAGACCCAGAAAAGGACACAGUCACAGUUACGUGGAAUGGUCCAGAUGACCCUGACAACCCUCUCAACUUCUCCAACGCCAAAAAGGGUGCCAUUACAGCAUUGACUUGCCUGUACACGUGGGCCAUCUACGUCGGAUCUUCCAUUUACACCUCCAGUCAACCAGGCAUCCAAGAAGAGUUUGGUGUCGGCAACUUCGAAUCGUCCCUGGGCCUGGCUCUGUACGUUUUGGCGUACGGUCUCGGUGGCUUGGUCUUUUCUCCCUUGUCGGAAGUGCCUUCGAUAGGCAGGAAUCCUCCAUACGCCAUCUCAGGAGCACUCUUUGUCAUCUUGUGCAUUCCUACCUCGCUCGUCCGCAACUAUGCCGGCCUCAUGGUCUUGCGUUUCCUGCUCGGGUUCAUGGGUUCCCCCUGUCUGGCGACGGCGGGUGCCACGCUCGGAGACAUAUGGGGCCCGGUCAAAUUCCCCUACUUCAUCGGGUUGUGGGCAGGCACGACAUCUUUCGGCCCUGCCUUGGGACCGGUCCUGUCAUCUUUUGCCGUCGAGGCCAUGGGUUGGAGGUUCUCGAGCUGGGAGUUGCUCAUCAUCACCGGAUCCUUUUACUCGGUCUUUAUGGUCCUGAUGCCGGAAACUUCAGCUCCCACCAUCCUGUACUACCGAGCGAAGAGACUGAGAGAGCUCAACGAUGGUAACGAAAAUUUCCGGUCCGAAGAAGAGCUGAAGCAGGCACACCUCGGCGUAGGUCAGCGAUUGUGGAAUUCGGUCGUGAAGCCGUGGGAGGUCAACGUCAAGGAUCCGGCCUUGCUUUUCAUGACACUCUACAUGGGUUUGCUUUACGCAAUCCUGUAUUCUUUCUUCGAGUCACUGCCACUUGUCUAUCCACCAAUGUACGGCUUUUCGCAGACAUCGACGUCCCUCAUAUGGCUCGUCACACCUCCAGCUGUCCUCGUCGGUUUUCCCAUACAUUGUAUAUGGCUCGCCAGAAGGGUUCAACCAAAAUUACAAAGUGGUACGUUUGGUGACCUGGAGAACUUUUUGGAGGAAGGUGUCAUUGCGAGUGUACUUAUGCCUGUUUCACUGUUCAUGUUUGCAUGGACGGCUCGAUCGUCUGUUCAUUGGAUGGUCCCGACCGUGGCCAUCUUCCUCUACAUGGUGGCCAUGUACUUUCUCACCAACUCGGUGUUUUUGUACAUUCCCGCGAUCUAUCCGAGAUAUGCCGCCAGCAUUUUCGCGGCCAAUAGUGUCUCUCGCUCUCUUUUGGCUUUUGUUGCUAUACUCGUGGGGCGUGCAAUGUUCAAGGGCAUCGGCGUCGAUGGAGGAGUGAGCUUACUGGCCGGCCUGACUGCAGCUUGCGCCGGACUAUUGGCAGGUUUGUACUGGAGUUGGGGAAAGAAAUUGAGAGCGAGAAGUCGCUUUGCAGCCUAG